AUGGACGUAACGAAUAUAGCAAUGGUCUGCGAUUUUUUCCACCCGAAUGUUGGCGGAGUGGAGAACCACAUCUACAUGCUUAGUGCCAACCUCAUACACCGAGGACACAAGGUAGUCGUUAUAACUCACAGCCAUCCUCCAGACCGUGUUGGCGUUAGAUGGCUCCUGCCAUCUCUGAAGGUGUACUACGUGCCCUUCCCGACAAUCGCCUCAUCUGCCACUCUGCCAAAUUUUUUUACCUUUCUUCCUUACUUACGGACUAUCGUGUUGCGCGAGGACGUCAGGCUGAUUCAUGCCCACGCUAGUCUAUCCUCCUUCGCCCAUGAGGGAAUCUUGCAUGCACACUUGAUGGGAGUGCGCACCGUGUUCACCGACCACAGUCUUUUUGGCUUCGACGACGCAGCUAGCAUACUGACCAAUAAGCUGCUGGAGGCUGCACUUCGGAAUGUCGACGCGGCCAUUUGCGUGUCGCACACAGGGCGCGAGAACACGGUGCUGCGAGCGAGGCUUCGUCCGCAUGAUGUAUAUGUUAUACCGAACGCCAUAGUGGCCAACCAGUUCAGGCCCUCCUCCUAUGUAAAGCCCUCAGAUGCGGUUACUAUAGUAGUGGUCUCCCGUCUAGCUUAUCGGAAGGGCAUUGAUUUGCUAGUAGCAACCGCUCCUCGUAUUUGCGAGUUAUUCCCGAACGUCAAGUUUAUUAUCGGCGGAGAUGGUCCCAAACUGAUUGAUCUCCUGCAGAUGAGAGAAAAACACAUGCUACAAGAUAGAAUCGAGAUGCUCGGACCUGUUCGACACAGUGACGUCCGCGAUGUGCUUGUGCGUGGAUCCAUAUUCAUGAACACAUCACUCACCGAGUCAUUUGGAAUCGCCAUUCUCGAGGCGGCCUGUGCUGGACUGUACGUGGUCUCGACCCGUGUCGGGGGAGUCCCGGAAAUCCUACCAGAAGACAUGAUAUCGUUCGCCAAUCCCGACGAAGAUGAUGUCGUACGCGCGAUGUCGGAGGCGAUCAAGCUGGUAUCGGCGGGAGAGCACGACCCCCAGCGAGCACACGAGCGCAUCAAGGGGUUCUACGACUGGGCUCAAAUUGCUGAACGUACGGAGAGGGUUUACGAUACGGUGUUAAGAUCACCUCCUCGAGACUUUUGGACUCGGAUGCGGCGGACGUUGGACCUUGGGCGGUUCGCGGGUCCCAUUUUCGCGAUCAUCCUGGUGGUUGACUGCCUAUUCUUCAUGAUACUCGAGUGGUUGCUGCCUGAGAAGGAUAUCGACAAGGUGCAGAUGCACUGGAAUCAGAGCAGAUUCACAAAGCUGGCGCGAGACUACGAAAGGCAAAUCGCCCAAGAACCAGACAGCUAG